UAUUAUUAUAUUUAGAUUUAGAUUUAGAUCUCACUUUCCUUCUUCUUCUUCUUCUUCUUCACAUUGCUUUGAUUUUGUAGAUCUACGCCCCCAUCUGUCUUUUUUCACUCUCCAUUUCUUCUUCUUCGUCUACUACUACUACUACUACUACUAGCAAGCACCUAGCUGUUAGAUUAUUUUUAGUUAAAAAACAGGAAAAAAAAAAUGUUGGGUCGGUCGACGUUAUCAAGAAGUGGAAGCUUCAGACCAGAAAACAUAGGCCAAAAUGCUUUAGCCAUGAUAGGAAAUCUCUGCUUCACUUUCUUUGUUAUCGGGGUUCUCAUUUUCACCAUCAUCGCUGCUACUUACGAGCCUGAGGACCCUCUGUUUCACCCUUCGACAAAGAUCACUAGUUUCCUCACUUCCAAUUCCAAUGCCACCUUCAAAUCUGGCGACACUGUUGUCAGAACUGGGGAGGAUUUCAUGGCCCCAAAUCAGACUGCUUUUUCCAAUUUCAUCAACAUUACUGAUGUUGACACCACCCCCAGCAUUGCUAGUGUUAAUGCUGAUGAUGGUAAUGUUAAUCCUGAUGGUGCCGCUACGACGGCUUCGGAGACCUGUGAAGGUCCCUUGGACUGUAGGGAUCCUGAAUUGUUUCAUAUGUUGAUGAAAAGGGUGAUUGAGGAAUUUAAGGAUAUGCAUUUUUAUCGGUUUGGGAAGCCUGUUUCUGGGUCUAAUGAUUCUACUUGUGAUAUGGGUUGGAGGUUUAGGCCCAAGGAAGGCAAAACUGCUGCUUUUUAUAAGGAUUAUAGGCGAUUUGUUAUAGCUAGGUCGGAGAAUUGUACGCUUAGUGUUGUGGGGAUUGGGGACUAUCAUUCGGGUGUGAAUGCUAGGAAGAAGAAGAAGAAUCAGAAACCUGGGUUUGAGAAAACACCAGGGAAACAAGAAGCGGGACAGCCCUUGUUGCCUGUUGUUGGGGAGGCUGUGAAUGACGCGCUUCCGGUGGUUGAGUCGGAGAAUUCGUUUAGUCGCGGGAAGUAUUUGCUUUAUAAUGGUGGAGGUGAUAGAUGUAAGAGUAUGAAUCAUUACCUGUGGAGUUUCUUGUGUGCUUUGGGUGAAGCACAGUAUCUGAAUCGGACACUGGUUAUGGAUCUGUCUCUUUGUUUGAAUUGGAUGUACUCUUCUUCAAAUCAGGAUGAGGAAGCAAAAGAUUUUAGGUUUUAUUUUGAUUUUGAGCAUUUGAGGGAAGCUGCAUCGGUUUUGGACCACUCUCAGUUUUGGGAUGAUUGGGAUAAAUGGCAUAAAAAAGACCGGUUGAGUCUUCAUCUCGUCGAGGAUGUCAGGGUCACGCCUAUGAAGCUUACAAGUGUAAAAGAUACUUUGAUUAUGAGGAAGUUUGGAUCUGUUGAACCUGAUAAUUACUGGUACAGAGUGUGUGAAGGAGAGACCGAGGCUGUCAUUCAAAGGCCGUGGCAUCUGAUAUGGAAAUCAAGGAGGUUGAUGGAUAUUGUGAGUACAAUUGCCUCGAAAUUGAACUGGGAUUUUGAUGCUGUUCAUAUUGAGAGAGGGGAGAAGGCAAGGAACAAGGAGCUGUGGCCUAAUCUUGCAGCGGAUACCUCUCCCGACGCGCUUCUCUCAACCUUGGCUAACAAACUUGAAGAGGGGAGGCACGUCUACAUUGCGACAAAUGAACCUGACACAUCCUUCUUUGACCCUUUAAAGGACAAGUAUACUACCCAUUUUCUCGACGAGUAUAAAGAUCUCUGGGACGAGAACAGCGAGUGGUAUUCGGAGACGAAGGCCCUUAACAAAGGUGUUCCAGUUGAAUUUGAUGGUUAUAUGAGGAUUUCUGUUGACACAGAAGUCUUCUUGAGAGGAAAAAAGCAGAUCGAGACUUUCAAUGAUCUCACAAACGAUUGCAAAGAUGGUGUUAACACUUGCAGUGCUGCUGCCAGUUAAUUGUUGGUAUAUCCACUUGUACUUUUAGCAUCAUCUUUGCUGCUUCGAGGAACUCCAAGACCUUAUUUAUAGUUCUGGCACUUUAUGAGAUUUGUAGAAUGUAGAACAAUAUCAGCUAGUAGUAUCAUCUGUGUCUCGUUACUUGUUUUUGUUUCAUUCCACUCUUUGUGAACAAUCAUGCUAUGCCUUUCUCACCUUGUCAAAGAUAAUAUAUGCUAUUUAUUUUUUUGCUA